AUGGAGACCCUAGCAUCUACAAUCCCUCUGCUAAGCAAAGACGUCUUCAUGUGCACAAUAGACCUGCGAGACGCUUAUUACCACAUUCCCAUUCACACCAACUCACAGAGGUUUCUCCGGUUUGCAAUCCAGGAUAUAUCAGGGAACGUCCAUCACUACCAGUUCAGAGCCCUUCCCUUCGGGAUUUCAUCAGCCCUGAGAAUAUUUACCAAGGUAGUGGUAGAGAUGGUCGCCUUCGCCCGGAGGAAGGGACUUAUGAUAAUCCCUUAUUUGGACGAUUUCCUUCUGAUUAGCGAAAGUCUCAGCCAAAUCAAUUCGAAUCUGAGGUUCUUUCUCUCCAUCCUAGACGACCUGGGGUGGAUCGUGAACAAAGAAAAGUCCGUCCUUACCCCCUCAAGGGAAGUUCGAAUUUCUAGGUAUGAUCCUAGACUCCCGAAAGCAAGCGGUAUUCCUACCUCGAGACAAAAUAUCGGUUCUCCAACAAAAGAUCAGAUCCUUUCAGAAAAGAUCUUGCUCUAUCAGAGAGGCGAUGAGUAUGCUAGGUCUGCUAACAUCUUGUAUUCCGGCAGUUCCUUGGUGUCAAAUACACUUCAGACCCCUUCAGUCCUGGAUCCUGAGUGUCUGGAACAGGUGCCAAUCCUCUCUAGAUCAUCAAGUAAUUCCACCAGCUCGGAUUCUGCAGUCCCUAAAUUGGUGGAAAAUCCACGGGAACUUAUCCCGGGGAAAUCCCUGGCAGAAGACUCCCCAGAUUCAGUUCUCAGGAAGGAACAAGGGGAAGAAGGUCUCAGAGACCACCUUGGCGAGGUGGCUGAAGACUGCAAUCCAAUAAUUCUGAGGGGCGAUGAGGAAUACAAGGAGGAGAUCCCUACAGAUAAGAGCCCAGAUGACUGUACUGGGUGCUUGGAGAAGUAUCUCAUAUCUACAUAUUAUAAUGCAGAUGAUCCAUGUGUCAUAUCAGAUACAUAUGAAGAGCGUGCCAUUAUCCCAGAUGUACCCUCAGACCUUCACAGCAAAAAUCUAUCAUCUCAUCCUUUAAAACAAGUCAAAUCUUCUAAUUCAUCACAUACUCUUACUCAGAAUGAAACUCGCAGAAGAUGUUCUGGAACCCAAAGAGCUCAGAGAAAGCCGUAUUCAUGCUCAGAAUGCGGCAAAUAUUUUACUUGGAAAUCAGGCCUUCUUCAACAUCAAAUUCAUCACACAGGGGAGAAGCUGUAUUCAUGUUCAGACUGUGGGAAAUGUUUUACUAGUAAAACACAAAUUGAAAACCAUCAGAGAAUGCACAUAGGAGAGAAGCCAUUUUUAUGUUCAGAAUGUGGAAAGUGUUUUACGAAAAAAGCACAUCUUGAAACCCAUCAGCGAAUUCACACAGGAGAGAAGCCGUUUUCAUGUUCAGAAUGUGGAAAAUGUUUUACUAGAAAAUCACAUCUUGAUAACCAUCACAGGAUUCACACAGGAGAGAAGCCGUUUUUAUGUUCAGAAUGUGGAAAAUGUUUUACGAAUAAAACACAUCUUGAAAGCCAUCAGCGAAUUCACACAGGAGAGAAGCCGUUUUCAUGUUCAGAAUGUGGAAAAUGUUUUACUAGAAAAUCAUAUCUUGCAACCCAUCAGCGAAUUCACACAGCAGAGAAGCCGUAUUCAUGUUCAGAAUGUGGAAAAUCUUUUACUCGGAAAGCAUAUCUUCUGAGCCACCAGAGAAUUCACACAGGGGACAAGCCGUAUUCAUGUUCAGAAUGUAGGAAAUCUUUUACUGAGAAAUCAAAUCUUGAGAGCCAUCAGAGAAUUCACACAGGAGAGAAGCCAUUUUCAUGUUCAGAAUGUGGUAAAUCUUUUACUCGGAAAUUUCAACUUCAGAGCCACCAGAGCAUUCACACAGGGGACAAGCCGUAUUCAUGUUCAGAAUGUAGGAAAUCUUUUACUGGGAAAUCAAGUCUUAAGAGACAUCGGCAAAUUCACACAUUGGAGAAGCUGUAUUCAUGUUCAGAAUGUGGCAAAUGUUUUACUCAUAAAUCAUUUCUUGCAAGCCAUCAUAGAAUUCACACAGGAGAGAAGCCAUUUUCAUGUUCAGAAUGUGGAAAAAGUUUUACUCAGAAAUCAUCUCUAAAUCGCCACCAGAGCAUUCACACAGGGGACAAGCCGUAUUCAUGUUCAGAAUGUAGAAAAUCUUUUACUAAGAAAUCAAGUCUUGAGAGACAUCAGAGAAUUCACACAGAGAACACGUUUUCGUGUUCAUAAUGUGGCAAAUGUUUUACUAAAAAAUCAUCUCUUGUUCAACAUCAUAGAAUUCACACAGUGAACAACCAAUUCUAAAUCCUUCCUGUAAAACAUUUAGACCGACCUAUAGGAAAAACUAACUCACAUUGUAUGUAUAGAUAACACUGGGGUCUAGUAUACUAUACCGAGCCAACAAACGA